AUGAACUGCAAAUUUCCGGUAAUGAGAUUGCAAAUGAGGCUUACGGAUAAAACUUUAACGGACUGGUCGUCUUUUUGUCGUGAAGUGGCAUAUGACAUGAUGGUGAUCAAUAAGACGAAAUUGGGUGGAUAUGGUCACAUCGUCGAAAUUGACGAAUCCAAAUUCGGACGUCGGAAACACCACAGGGGCCAUAGAGUCGAAGGCCAAUGGGUAUUUGGAGGCUAUGAGAGGGAAACUGGUAAGUGUUUCAUGGUCCCGGUUGAGAACCGUAGUGCCACAACCCUCCUCGCCGUCAUAAAGGACGGUUAGGCUUUUAUCCACAUAAAACCCGGAACAACUAUUAUAUCAGAUUGUUGGAAGGCUUACAAUACCUUAAAAGAUGAAGGCUAUGUUCACAUGACUGUGAACCAUAGUCUUCACUUUAAAGAUCCGGUAACAGGUGUGCACUUCAACACCAUUGAAAGUACAUGGAGACAUUCCAAACAAUCAAUGUCAAAUUAUUGCCGGAAAAAGUCUUUUUAUGCUGGGUAUUUAGCCAAAUUUAUGUUUACCAAACAUUGCCGAUUACAUAAUUUAGACCCGACGACGGAAUUUUUCAAACACGCUGGCAUGCUUUAUCACGUGGAUAAUACCGAACAUCACACUUUUGUCAACGGCGACGGUGACGAAGACGGUGGCGACGGUGACGAAGACGGUGGCGACGGUGACGAAGACGGUGGCGACGGUGACGAAGACGGUGGCGAAGAUGAUGACAAUGACGACGUUGACGAUGACAGUGGCGACAGUGACGAUGAUAGUAGCGACAGUGACGAUGACAGUGGCGAGCAACAAGACGAAUAA